ACAGAUCGCAUCCAGCCGCGUUCGUCGUCUUCCUUCUCCGUCGACGCCGUCUCCUCGCUAAUCUUCAUCUAUCGCCAACCACUGCCUACCACCAAUUCCGUCAAGGGAUCUUCAAUCUUCUUCAAUUCCGUCGGCUCCACCCGUGGAAUCUUCAAUCACCGGACUCGCCAAUCUUCCACACCGACCCAGUGGAAUCUUCCUUGCCAACAAAAACAUCUCAAGGGCGUCGUCAUCCCAGUUGAAUCUUCCGAUCCGUUCAUUCCGUCGCUGUUGCAGCCAUCUCCUCCGCCCUCUCCCCGUCACCGUGUAAUACGCCUCCUCCACCGUCUCCGUCCAGAUACUCUGCCACCAUUGACUCCCGGUCCGGUCGGACGAACUAGUAUGAGUUGUUGAGCAAGUUAGUGGGAGGGACCAUGUGCUGAACCAUCUAAGCAUUCCAGCAGCAUGCUUCACUCAUCCUGAAAUCAGUAUGGUUGGACUGACAGAGGUAUGAUUUCAAAUUUCAAACAUUUGAAACCUAGAUACCAUACAAUCAUACUGUUUGUAGUCUUUUUCCCUAUUGUUUGUUGGUGUCAUUUCAUUUUUGAGGUCAUUGUGAACUGCCACAGUGCCGCCUAUUUGGCCUCUUGUAUCAUUGUAUGUAUGUCGUGGAUGUAGAGAUAAGAGGCAUUAAUCAUGUUUACAUAAAAAAAUAUUAGUGUCUCAGUAACAUUUAAAACCGAAAGGGAAAUUGCCAGCGUCUAAAGGAAGUAAUGGGCUAUGAGUUCAUUUGCAAGUAAAACUGUGUGAACAAAUUUUCUUCUGAGAAAAUGCUAUUGCGCCUUAGUAAGUUAUUCUUCAAUUGAGCAUGAAGUCCCAACACAUUUUAAGCCUCAAGCAAAGGAAAGGGCUGAGAAGGAAGGAUUUGAAAUAAGAGUGGCAAAGACUAGCUUUAAAGCUAACACAAAAGCUCUAGCUGAGAAUAAAGGGGAAGGACUUGCCAAGUUGAUCUAUAGACCAGACAAUGGUGAGAUCCUUGGAGUUCAUAUCAUUGGAUUGCAUGCUGCAGACCUCAUUCAUGAAGCUUCCAAUGCCAUAGCUUUGGGGACCCGCAUACAGGUUAAAGUUGACACAUCUAGCCCAGCUAGUGAGCCAAUUGCUGUCUAAAGCUCCAUGGCGAACUACCAAAUGAUUUAGGAGGGGACUCACUCGCCUUUGUGUCGUCAAUAUUCGUUAAGGUGAUUUGUGUAAUUAUUCUGUGUUCCAUCUUUUCGGAGGUUCAACUUUUAUAGAAUUUGUACUGGCUUUUGUUGCCAAGUAGGAAAUGAGAAGUUUUGUUUUCAUGUUCUUUCCCAUAAUGUUUUAGACUUUUAGGUAAUAAUCUUUUUUGAGUUUGGCAAUGAGUGAAUAUAUUAACAUGAGACUGGGAGGCUAUUCGCAGCACCUAGCCACCUAGGUGUUCAUCGAGCCGACUAAGAAGAACAAUGGAUCGGCGCAGCCAAGUGGCGCCUCACCUCGAGCCAUGGCGGAGCCUCGGCCACAAGGUUGUGCUGGUCACCGGAGCUUCGUCGGGGUUGGGACGAGAGUUCUGCCUCGAUUUGGCCAAAGCCGGCUGCAGAAUCGUCGCCGCGGCGCGCCGAAUCCAUCUGCUUGAAUCUCUCUGCAACGAGAUAAACCGGACCGGGUCCGUGGAGCCGAACUCCGGCCUGCCGACACGAGCGGUUGCGGUGGAGCUGGACGUGAGCGCGACUGGGACUGCCAUUGACGCGGCUGUGCAGAGGGCUUGGGAUGCGUUUGGCCGGAUCGAUGUUUUGAUUAACAACGCCGGCAUUAGAGGAAGGGUACACAGUACAUUGGAUGCAACCGAGGAGGAAUGGGAUAACCUCAUUAGAACAAACUUAACAGGCACAUGGCUUGUGUCAAAAUCUGUUUGCCUGCGCAUGUGCAAUGCAAAGCAAGGAGGGUCUGUCAUCAAUAUCUCUUCAACGGCUGGUCUUAACCGCACACUAUUACCCGGGAAUCUUGCUUAUGGUUGUUCAAAGGCUGCUGUCAACACGAUGACACAGGUGAUGGCACUUGAACUGGGAAUGCACGAGAUAAGGGUAAACUCAAUAUCUCCAGGAAUUUUCAAGUCUGAGAUAACGGAGAAGCUCCUGGAAAGAGAUUGGCUUAAGAAUGUUGUUUUGAGGACUGUACCUCUGAGAACAUUUGGCACAUCGGACCCAGCUCUAACAUCACUGGUACGAUACCUAAUUCACGACUCGUCUCAAUAUGUAACGGGCAACUGUUACAUUGUUGCUGCUGGAGCUACCUUGCCUGGAGUCCCCAUUUUCUCCUCUCUUUGAAACAAAAAUGCCAAUUUGUUGGACAUUGUAAAUAAUGAAUGCUCUCUUAAAAAAGACUGGAAUCUUGUAUAUCUACAAUUGGCUUUUUGUGUUGUACAUUAUUUUCCAAGGCAAACUUAAUUGUAGAAGUUUUAGCAUUAUGAGAUUACAAUGGCAUGAUCACCGAAUUGGA